UAUCUGUGACAUAGUGUCUGUUCUCGUCUACUCUAUGAUGUUACUGUCAUUUCAAAAUUUUGGUUAUAAUUUCGAUUUAUCGUAAAUUAAACGAAACUAAAUUAGUUACACACUCCACACCAGUAAAAACUUACUUUAAAAAAUCAUCUGAUAAUUUGUAUUUAUAUUAUUUAAUUAAAUCUGCACAAUGGCUAUUUAUAACAACACGCGGUUCUUAAUUAAAAGAAUCAUUAUAGCUGACUUUAGAACUAGUCUUAGAUUUUAUUCCGAUCAAAUUGACAAUCCUAGUGAAGAACAGCCUGUAGAUCCUACAAAAGAUAGAACCAAAAUUAUCCCACUUGAAACUAGCAUGAGAUAUUUAGAAAGUAAAGCAUAUAAACAAACUUAUGGAGACAAUCCAGUGUGGACAUUAUAUCGACGUAAUCAUAAAGGUGGAUUUCCACCAAAGAAGACAAGAAGAUCAUGUGUCAGGAAUGGUGUUAUAUCUACUGGAAAUCCUUGUCCCAUUUGUAGGGAUGAAUAUUUAGUGUUGGAUCAUAGGAAUACAAAACUGCUGGAGCAGUUUAUAUCUGACUAUACUGGCCAGAUACUGGAUGCUUACAAAACUGGUCUUUGCCAAAAGAAGCAUAAAGAAUUACUUGUAGCUAUUGAAAGAGCAUGGGACCAAGGUCUCCUUACAUAUGAUGUUCCUUUUAGGAAAUAUGAUUACUCAUUAUACAAUAAAACAGCAAAUAAUUAGUAUGUUAUAUGUAUAAAAUAUAAUUUAUGUAGUUGAAUAAAAUAUACUUUCCAAAA